AUGGCCGCUUGCCGAGGGAAGAGAUGGGGGAGCCUCCGGCUCGCCCCUCUCGCCCCUCUGGUCACUCUCUUUUUGUACCUCUCUCCUCGUCACAUCUCACGAAAGGAAAUAGCCACCCUUGGCAGUGGGAGAAUACUGCCAGAGCACCGGCCUCUGUCUCUGACAGGGACUAGUGUCCUCAUUGGCGUCGGCUCCGCCCUGUCAUCAUGACAGCCCAGUACCCACCAUUUUCUAGACUAAACUAAUAUGGACCACAUUCAUCGACCGUCUGAAGACUCCCCGUGCUUUCUCAACACGCGUUGUACGAUAAUUAGAUGUAGUCGAUGGUGUUGCAC